CGGCGCGCGGGCGAGAGAUCGAGCGAGCGAGCGAGCGAGGGAGGGAAUUUCAGUGGAAGCUGUUGCUGCGAUAAUCCCUCUGUGCCCCGUGUAAUUCUGAAUGCAGCACAGAGCCGCAGUCGCCGCGCUGACAGGAAUACAGACAUCGGAGCAACGCUAGCCUGGAUGAAAAGACAUGGAGCGCCCUGACGACUUGCCCGGCGCAGUCACUUUGGGAUGGGGGGCGCAUGUACCACCCAAGGAGGUCUAAGGAGAACAUGAGAAUGCGACAUUUAUGGCUUAUUUCAGCUCAGCUUCGAAAAUGAACCUUCUGGUCACUUUAUCCCUGCUGCUGUGCUCCACUCUGAUGGACUCAGUGAAGGGGUAUUUAACAGUCACUAUUGAGCCUCUACCACCCGUGGUCAUGGGCGAUACUGUGACUUUGAAGUGCAAUUUCAGAACUGACGGCAACCUGAGAGAAAUAGUCUGGUUUCGGGUUACAGAGGGUGGUAGUUCUAAGCAGAAGAUAUUUACUUAUGAUGCCAUGUACAAUACCAAUUUCUCUCACAUGGAGGAUUUUCGCAGAAGAGAGGACCUUGUUUACCAGUCAACUGUGAGGCUCCCUGAAGUUCAAAUGGAAGACAACGGGCCGUAUGAAUGUCACGUGGGGAUCUACGACAGGGCGUCCAGAGACAAGGUGGUCUUAGCAUCUGGAAGCAUAACACUUGCUGUUAUGUCACCUCCGAAAUCCAUCUCUGUAAUUGCAGCAGAUCAACCGGCAAGAUUCAAUCGCUAUGAGGCCCAAAACUUCACACUCAUGUGCAUCGUCACAGGAGGAAAGCCAGCGCCUGUGGUGUACUUUAAACGGGAUGGUGAGCUAAUUGAGGUGGUCCCUUCUGACAAGCCCCACGAGGCAGCCGAGAGCCGAGGCUUGUUCUCAGCCAGAGAAAGCAGGCCUCUGAUCAGCCGGGACCUGGACGACACCAAGCUGCAGAAGUCCCUGUCUCUCCUCGAGCCAGAUGUGGAGCCAGUGCGGCUGGACAAUGUUCGGCCCCAUCAGAGCAACACCCCAGGAGCCCUUGGCCAAGAGGGUCCCCAGCCCACCACUGAGAUCAUCCCAGAGACUGUGGUCAGCCGGGAGUUUCCGCGCUGGGUGCUGAGCUCCAGCCCACUUUACUACUUUAACCACACACAGACGGAGUUCAGCGAUGGCACCAUGGAGGUGCAGGCCAUGCUCACCUGGCACCUAAACCCACAGCUGGACAACGACGCCCUCUUCAGCUGUGAAGUCAAACAUCCUGCGCUUUCCAUGCCUAUGCAGGCCGAAGUUACACUUUCUGCUCCAAAGGGACCUAAACUCUCCAUGACUCCAAGCAGAGCAAAAGUGGGAGAUACAGUUCGCAUCGCUGUGGAGGGAUUCCAAGUGGGAACAAAGGGGAACGAGGUGUUUCCUGAGCCUCUGUUCACAUGGACGCGUGUUGGGGGGCUGCUGCUGGAUGGCAGUGCUGAGAGGGAAGGGAAGGUUCUGGUUUUGGAGAGAGUUCCUGCAGAGCUCAACGGCUCCAUGUACCGGUGCACGGCAGAGAACCCACUGGGCUCCACUAACACACAUACACGCCUCAUAGUGUUCGAAAACCCAAGAAUAAAGAAAGAGUCACUGCAGUUUAAUGUUGCUGACUCUGGUGAGGAGCUGUUUGGUCCCACGUUUAUGAUGCUGCUGCUAUCAGUGACCCUGGAGUUCACAUGAACAGACUGAGAUGUGACUCACUCUUGUCCUCUCCCUGACAGCUUCGGCUCUGCAGUCACCUUCUCUCUCUCUCUCUCUCUCUCUCUCUCUCUCAGCUUUGCACUGUUUAUUAUACAGCUGAAAUAAAUAGACAAGAAAAAAGACCAAAUGCGCUCUGGUUCAGCCACAGUUCAGUUUCACAUCACGUACCACACAUCUUUCCGAAAAUCAUCACUUGCCUUGGCUUUGCACGUAUUUCUUCUGAAGUGUCCAUCUGAUUAAGUAUGUUGUGAAGGAAAGACGUUCUUAUCAUAGAGAAUUUUAUCUUCAUGCACUGAAAAUGCCGCAAUGCUAAGCUGUUUACUGCCAUGUUUUAUUUCCUUUUUGUUGCUGUUGUAUAAAGGGGAGUUCCACCAAUCUUUCUAAAGUUCUGUAUAGUUCAACCAUUAAAAAGUCAUUCAGAGUGGUUUGCUGUUCUAGAGGAACUUGCAGAGUCAGAAAUGUUCACAGUGGUGGUGAUUGGAGACAGAUGUCUGAAGAUUAAAACUACAUCACAAGUUAUUACCUGAAACCUCAGACAUUGUUAUAUUAUAGUUUUGCAUUAAGCUUUUGGCCCAAAAUGUGUUUUUAAAAAUCCAUUUCUAGGGGAGAGGUACAUGCAGGCUUUGGAAGGAUAAAUGAUCCUCAAAGAAAACUUAUUUUUUCACAUUUACCACUAUUUUACCAUUUACGUCGGUAAUUAGAAUGUCUACAUCUGUGUUGUUUAUAUUUGCAACUCCUGGUUCCUAUCGCCACCACUGUGAAGUGAAUAUGAGUCACUAUGUUUCUUUACAAUUUCCCAGCAAACCCCCUGAAGGGCUACAUCUCAAUGAUGACAUCUCAAUUAUGCAGUAAGUGGAAUUCCCCUUUACCAUUUUCAAGUCCAUGUGCCACAUCCCACCAGUAGGUGGCGGUGGAGACUUCACAACGAGAGAAGUGUGUCAAAAAGAGUCCUACAAAAAGCAGCCUGAGUGGAGUGCUGUGUGGUUUUGGUCAGUUAUGUAAUGCAUUAGAGACCUAUUUCUAGUAAGGCAGAUAACAGAGUACUUUCUCUUCAUAUAAAGUGUUAGCGAGAAGAUUUUAUACCUUGCUUUUUUCUGUAGAAAGUCCUACGAACUGUGAUAUUUUGUAUCGCGAGAACAGACAAUAAAAUCUCUGCUAUUUAAUCGCAA